GAAGAAGUUGGAGCAGGUCCCCAGCCAUGAGCUCCAGCCACCGAGGGGCCUGCCCAUGCCAGGGGCCUGCAGGACGCCCCGCCAUCCUGUACGCACUGCUGAGCCCCAGCCUCCCGGCUGGUCCCGCUGUGCCCCCAUCCCGCACCCACUGCCUGUGCAGGCAGCACCGGCCGGUCCACCUCUGCGCGCCCCAUCGCACCUGCAGGGAGGCCUUGGAUGUCCUGGCCAAGACAGUGGCCUUUCUCAGGAACUUGCCAUCUUUCUGCGGGCUGCCCACCCAGGAUCAACGGCGCCUGCUGCAGGGUUCCUGGGGCCCCCUCUUCCUGCUUGGCUUGGCCCAAGACACUGUGACCUUCGAGGUGGCAGAGGCCCCAGUGCCCAGCAUACUCAAGAAGAUACUGCUGGAAGAACCCAACAGCAGAGCCGGGGCUGAGCAGCUGCCCGACAGGCCCCAGCCCUCCCUGGCUGCCGUGCAGUGGCUUCAGUGCUGCCUAGAGUCCUUCUGCAGCCUCAAGCUGGGCCCCAAGGAAUAUGCCUACCUGAAAGGAACCAUCCUCUUCAACCCAGAUGUGCCAGGCCUCCUGGCUGCCUCCCACAUUGGGCACCUGCAGCAGGAGGCGCACUGGGCCUUGUGUGAAGUCCUGGAGCCCUGGUACCCAGCAGGCCAAGGCCGCCUGGCCCGAGUCCUCCUCAUGGCCUCCACCCUCAAGAGCAUUCCACCCAGCCUUCUCGGGGACCUCUUCUUCCGGCCUAUCAUUGGAGACGUGGACAUCACUGGGCUCCUGGAGGACAUGCUUUUGCUGAGGUGACCUAAGGAAGAGGGAGCCAAUACUUCUCGAGGGAGGAGCCUGACAGACAGCACCCAAUUCCAUGGGAGCAGCACCUCACCCUCCAAUCCCAACUCACCUUUCCUUGGUGUGGACAUAGUGCUCUAGCAACCUGGCAGGACUUUGGUCCCCAUAGCCUCUGGGCUCGAACUCCUGUCCUCUCCUGGGACAGGGAUGGGAGUGGAGGUUACUGUCGAUCCACAAUUCCUCCUGAGUUUGUACAGACCCAAAUUAAUUUAUUGGUUUUUGUAAUAAA